AUUUUUUAAACAGAAUGUAUUAACUAUUUUAUCCAAUAGUACAAUGUUUGCUAAACAUCAACAUUGGGAUUACAAUUGCUUCUAAGAUACGACCAAGGAGAUGUUUUUAGUCGAUAUUAUUAUCAAAAAUAUCUUACGUUUUUUAAGUUUUUUAUUUCCGCGUAAUAGCAAUCAUGAGGAUAACAAAGAAGAAAAUAAUGGAGAGGAGAGAACGAAAGUUAAAGAGAUGGAAAUCCUACAAGUCACUACAGACUUGACCCAUCAUCCCGAGGAUGUUGCUCUUCGAAUGCGACUAUGGGAACUUUACACAGAGACGGGACGAAUGAAGGAGAUAACAAAUAAUGGUCAGAAAGUAAAGGCGUGCAAAGAUAUUUCAAACUGGAACGAGAUUCUGGGAGAAGUAUUCGAGGGGUAUAACGUUGAGAAAUGGCAGAAAAAUUGUUUGUUUCACAUGCAACACUUGGCACUGGCAGCUCUUAAGUCCAAAACCGCCCUCACACUACAUGAGCAGCAAAAUGCAAUCAAGAAAAGCACACGGGCCCUCAAAAGCUUUGAUCAGUGCCUUGCAUCGAAACAAAACUUAAGCGAAUCCCACUGGCCCGCAUAUUGGCAGCCUUUUUUAAACGAAAUGAAGGCCCAAUUGCUGUUCAACGGUGGAACUCUCUUACUUAGGCGUGCUAAAGGGUAUGAAAUGAACUGGUCAGUUCCCAUGGCAUCUGUCUGUUACCUGGCAGCUGGUGUAAUAGGUCCCGUAAACUGUCAAGAAGAUUGGUAUACUAGUGCAAGCGAACAACAUAAAAGAUUGUUCAAAUCGUUGUACGAUGGGUCAUGUGAUAGGCAACGCCUAGCAGGCUACCUGGUACAAAGUAUGCAUAAAGGGGAACCAAAGGAAUGGAUACAAAGAAUAGCAAAAAAUAUCACAUCUAAGCAGGAUCAUCAGAGAUUAUACUCUAAAGUAUUUUAUGAAGCUCCAACGGCAGAGACUUCAGAGAAAUCAUCCUUCAUGGCCUCAUCUCGAUUAAAGAACUUCUACGCAGAUGUUACUAACCCAGACAGACUAGGGGAGUAUGAACAAUUAGCCAAUGCACAAGUCGUGUCAGAUGAUCUCCGCUUUGUUGGAUUGUUUGGUCUGCAGGGCGCCUUAGAUAACAUUAAAGCUAGACAAGAAAGCAAAGAUACUCACACUGAAUCAACAUCGACCAAUCAUGAUGCUCUGAUCAAAUUGUUUGUCGAUUGUACUAAACAGAUGUCCGACACACAGCAGCAAAUCAUCAAGGAAGUGAAGGAAAUCCGUAUGGAAAUCGAAGCCUUUCGCGGGGAGUUACGAUCUUACUUUAAUGAAAACAGCAUGAGAAAUUUUGGAAGCCCUUGUGCGCCUGGAGGAAAGAUGCACACAACUGUACCACAAGGCCAAUUUCAAACUCAUGAUGAAAACAUCCUACCUCAGGGGGCUGAACCUAAGCCUCAAGGUACUUAUGCUCGAUUUCAAAGUGUUCAAACUCAACCUGAAUUCCAACUUCAAGUUGCUAAACCCUUACCUCAAGGUCCUGAUGUCCAACUUCAAGGUGCUGAACCUCAACCUCAAAAUGUCAAUCCCCAUCAUCACAGUACUCAAAUUCAACCUCAUUGCCCUGAACCUCAACCUCAUCAAGGUGCUCAAUCCUUACCUCAAGUUGGUCAACAUCUGUCUCAUGAGAAUUUCGACUGUAAAGAUGGUACUUUGAAAAAUCAUUCCAUAGAAAAUGUGAGCCCUGCAGGAACGGAAUCCAAAACAACACAUGGGGAUUCCUUAAAUAAACAUCAACAGGAAAAUGGAUCAUGGGAGUGCACUGAGUGUCAUAGUAGAAAUGAACCGAACUUGAUGACAUGUUCUGCGUGUGAAACUGUAAAAACGUGUGAAACUUCACCUCAUUUUGAUCAAUCUCAUUUAUCUCUCGACUCAGUGCCAUCUGGUGAGACUAGGGGAUCUGAUCAGGUAGUUUCAUUUGAAAAAUCAGAGAUGAAUUCAACAUCGGGGUUCUCAUUCGGAACUAAAGAGGGCUGCACAGGUUUCUCAUUCAACAUGACUCCUACAAGUAGUACCUCAUUUGAUUCUUGUGAAACUCAGACGAAAUCUCCGAUGGUGACAGCUAAACCUAUUGUUCCAUUACCAGAUAAAGUUGAAGUGAAGACUGGUGAAGAAAAUGAAGAUAUUAUUUUUGUACACAGAGCUAAAUUAUUCCGAUAUGCCGAUUCCGAAUGGAAAGAGCGUGGCAUUGGGGAUAUAAAAAUCUUGCAACAUAAGCUGUUAAAGAAAUCCAGGGUUUUAAUGCGUCGUGAAAAAAUCCUAAAGAUUUGCUGCAAUCACCGCAUUACGGAGACAUUGGAAUUGACACCAAUGUCAAAAGCAGAUGGAAAAGGUUUGGUAUGGUCAACUAUGGAUUAUUCUGAGGGUGAACCCAAACGGGAAAUAUUUGGAGUAAAAUUCAAAACUGCUGAUAUUGCCACAAAAUUUAAAGAUAGUUUCGACAAAGCAAAGACAAACAGAUCAGAAAUUAAAUCUGUCGAUAUAUCUCAGGACUUGAAUUGGGUAACAUCAUCGCAACCAAAAGCCGAGAGUAAACCUGUGAAAGAUGACGAGGAAAAUGAUGAUGGGCACUGCAAGUAUGAAGAGAAGAAUGACAAAAUAGCCGACCAUGAAAAUGAUGGCAACAAAGACAACGAUGAUGAGGCUAAUGAUGAUUUUGAAGCAUACCACGAAAGUGACCCUAAUAUCCUGUUUGAUGAAGAGGUUACAUUGUUCAUCAUUGAUGAGAACAAGGAAACUCAAAGUAUUGGUCAAGGGUCCUUGGUAGUACUACAUGAUGAAGAAUAUUCUGGUUCACGUGUUACGAUGCAAGGAGAUAAUGACAGCGUCUUGUGUAACCAUCUUGUUGCUACGGAGACAAGAAUUCAUAGGAACCAACGCUUCUGUGAAUGGGAGGCUAUAGACUUUGCCACAAAUUCACCAAUUAGACGCACCUUCGGGGCAGACUUUAAUUCGGAAAAUUCUGCAGAGGAAUUUGAAAAAGUAGUUAUUGAGGGUAAAGAAUCUGCAAAUAAGUCGGGGAUCUUUGAGAGGGAUAUUGGGUGUGCAAUGCCUCGGGAAGUUGACUUUCCAGAAGAUGGACUUGAAGGGGAGGGUGGAUGUGAUGGAAUUCCCACUUCAACGGAGGCGCCUCAUUGUCUAGGGUAUCAGGGGUGUGAUGACGAAGAUUCGAUAGAUUUGAAUACAGUAAUAGAAUUGGGACCAGAAGCCAAAAAUCAAACUGCCGAGGGGAAUAACGGUGAACAUUGUAAUAAUGAAGACUAUGAUGAUAAAGUAUGUAAUGGUACCAAUGAUGGCAAUGACAAUAGCGUUGAUGACGAUACCGAUGAUGAUUAUGAAACAGACGAAGGUGAUCAAAGUAUUAUGUUAGAAAAACAGGUCACUUUGUCCAUCAUAGAUGAAAACAACGACGCCCAGAUUAUUGGCCGAGGGUCUGUGGUAGUACUACAUGAUGAAAAAUAUUCUGGUUCACGUGUUACGAUGCAAGGAGAUAAUGACAGUGUCUUGUGUAACCAUCUUGUUGCAUCAGAAACAAGAAUUCAGAGGAACCCAAUGGAAAGCAUCUGUGAAUGGGAGGCCAUAGACUUUGCCACAAAUCAACCAAUUAGACGCACAUUCAGGGCAGAUUUUAACUCGAAAAAUGCUGCAGAGGAAUUUGAAAAGAUAAUCAUCGAGGGUAAAGAAUCUGCAAAUCUGUCAGGGAUUUCUGAGAGGGAUAUUGUGUGUGCAAUGCCUCGGGAAAUUGACUUUCAAGAAGCUGGGGGAGAGAGUGAUCAUGAUGUUAACGAAGCUGAUGAUGAUGAGUUCCAUGAUGCGAGUGCAAGCAUCGACGAUGUGAUGGACAUUAAUGAACAAAACAAUGAUGAUAAAGACGCUGAUGAAUUCAAUGAUGAUAACAGAGAAGUCAUAAUUGAGGAAACCAUGACUGUUGACGUGACAGGCGAUAUGGAAAAUCUGGAUGAUGCAAAGAAACUGCAUGUAGGUCAAGUGGCGAUUUCCCAACCAGAAGCAGCUGGCAGCAAGAUUACCAACAAUGAUGAACAAAACGAUGACGAACAAAUCAAUGAUGAGAAUGAAGAUGAUGAAGCAGCUGGUGGCUACAAAGAUGACCAUGGUGAUAAGAUUGAAAAUGACGACGAUGAACAAAAAAUCCUCUUUCAGAAACAAGUUACAUUAUCUACCAUUGACGGGUGUAACCAACCACAGCGUUUGGGAUCCGGAGAGCUUAUAGUUGUACAUGAUGGCGAGUUCCUUGGUGCACGAGUUACGAUGCAUGGAGAGGAUGGCAAUAUAAUGUGUAACCAUCUGGUUGCCACGGAAACAAGGAUUCAGAGGAACUGCAAGAAAAAGAAAAAGUAUUGCGAAUGGGAGGCAAUCGACUUUGCUACAAAUCAACCAAUCAGGCUCACAUUAAGGGCACAGUUCAGCUCAAAAUCUGAUGCGGAGGAAUUUGAGAAAAUUAUCAUUCAGGGCAAAAAGCUCGCUUCCGAAUCCGGGAUCUACGAGACGGAUAUCAGCUGCGCGAUGCCCGGGGAAAUUACGGAAGCUGAACCCAAAGAAGAAAUUAAUGGACCUCAUAACACGACGCCUUCACAACCAGAAACAGAUCCAAAGUAAGAACUGAUGAUGUGAAAGAGAAUGAUGAUAACAAUAAUGAUGAAGGAUCUAGUACCAAUUGUGAUAACAAUGACGAUAGAGACAAUACGGUUCGAUCACACACUAUAGAUCCCAUCUAUAAGAUAGAUUGUGCCAAUUGUGAUUACAAUGACGAUAUAGUCAAUGCAGUUUGAUCAAACACUACGGAGAUUCCAUGUACAGUUAAUGAUUGCAAAAAAACAAUAAUGGUGAUAAUGGACAUUAUGCCCACUGUGAUUUCAAUGAUGAUAGAGACAAUACAGUUCGAUGAAACACGUACUAAAAGGUUACUUACAUGGUUUAACUCUUUGGGC